AUGGGCCAGCUGCGGCAAACCUUGCAUGAGGUCAACGGGCUGACCGCUGAGCGACGCAAGCAGCUGAUGGACGAGCGCCAGCAAGCCGGCGAAUACCUUGGCCCCAGCGGCAGCCCCUUCGCAUUCACAAACGCUCAGGGCCACGAGAUUGCAGCCUACUUGUGGCCUGUGGCUAGGCCUAAAGGCGUAAUUAUCCUGGUCCAUGGGCAAGGGAGCUACUUGGUGUAUGAGUACGGCCGCAGCGCAGGGGUUGGCCGCCCCAAGCUGUAUGAUGGCAGCUGGAUCCACUCCAUGAACGACGCAGGCUACAGCGUCGCGGGCAUCGACAACCAGGGUGCGGGGCGCAGCGGUGGCCUUUUCGGCUACAUUGACAGCUUCAGCCACCUGGUGGAUGACAUCAUUCACCUUUGCAAGAUCCUGCAGGCGUCCGGCGCGCCCGAUGGGUUCGGCGCAUCGCUGCCAUUGUUUGGCGUCGGCGUCAGCAUGGGCGGUGGCAUCGUCCUGCAGGCUGCCAUGCGCAAGAAGGCCCUGUUCCAGGGUCUCGUGCUGCUGGCACCCAUGCUGUCACUGGAGCGCGCCAAGCGGGCUCCUGGCAACCGCAUCCUGCUGUGGGUGCUGGCCAUGCUGGCUGACAGCUCGGCACGGGGCGUCGCGCCCUGCGUGCAAUUUGUCGUGCUGCCCAUCAGCAAGGCGCUGAGCGCUGUAGUGCCCACGUGGCCGCUUAUCAAGACGGCCCGCAACCCGAAGUUCCCGGAGCUUGCGCAGGACUGGGACCUGGACCCGGCUGUUUACCACUACCCGGUCCGCAUCCGCGUUGGCACGCAGCUGCUGGCCGCCUGCGACUGGCUGGCGCCGCGGAUGGAGGACGUCGAGACGCCGCUGCUUGUCUUCCACUCGGAGCAUGACCCGCUGACCGACCCCGACGGGUCAAAGGCGCUUGUCAGCCGGGCACGCUCCACCGACAAGACUCUGCGGGUGGUCAACGAAUUCUGGCACCGGCUCACCCAGGAGUCUGGAAACGAGGUUCUGCUGGCGGAGGCGCUCGAGUGGAUGGACUUGCGUGCCGGCGAGGCCGCCGGCACCACCACCUGCUGCAUCAGGGCCGGGCACGUCGUGUCAUGA